UGACGCAUUAAUGGGAGCAAGUGAACUUUGCAUCCAUUGCUGGGAAGCUUUAUUUUAGAUUAAUGUCAGAGUUUUCAGUACACAGAGCAAAACUUACUUCCUGCCAAUGUUUUAAUCACCUCUUAAAUUUUAGAAUCUGUCUUACAAGUCAAUAAGAUGAUGAUACCUUUCUUUGUGGUAGCUGAGGUGGUUUCAGUUUUCAAGAAAUGAUCAAGAAAAUAUCAACAUAGAAUCAUCUGUCAGUUUAUCACUUGAUGGAUCCAGAAGUUCAAGACGAGACCAGAGAAGGCCAUGAUGAAAAACAAGUGGUCACAGAGAUAAUGGCAAGAUGUUUUAUUCCAACUAGAAUAACAGCCAUUUCCUGGGAAGGCUUUCAUUUUGUUGGUCAUGAGAUUCAGAUCACUGAAGCCACAGAUUGUUACGGUGCUGUUGUUUGGCCAUCGGCCCUUGUUCUAUGCUAUUUCCUCGAAACAAAUGCAAAGCAGUAUAAUAUGGUUGACAAAAAUGUGAUUGAAAUUGGAGCUGGAACAGGGUUAGUUUCUAUUGUGGCAAGUUUACUUGGUGCUCGUGUGACUGCCACAGAUUUACCUGAAUUACUUGGAAAUCUGCAAUAUAAUAUUUCCAGAAACACCAAAAUGAAAUGCAAGCACUUGCCUCAGGUUAAAGAGCUCUCCUGGGGCAUAGAUUUAGAUGAAGACUUCCCUAGGUCUUCUAAUAAUUUUGACUAUAUCCUGGCAGCAGAUGUCGUCUAUGCCCAUCCUUUCCUAGAAGAACUCCUCGUUACUUUUGACCAUCUGUGCAAAGAAACUACCAUCAUCCUCUGGGUCAUGAAAUUCAGGCUGGAGAAAGAAAAUAAAUUUGUAGAUAGAUUUAAGGAACUAUUUGACAUGGAGGAAAUUUCCAGCUUCCCUAGCCUGAAUAUUAAGCUGUACAAAGCCAUGAGGAAAAAUCGGAGGAGUGCAUAAUAUCAUCAAAUGAGGAUGUGGAAAGACCAAGGCAGUUUCUAGUAGAUUAGCAUUUUAAAGAAAACCCUGAAAAAUCUUACCUAACACUGACUUUCCCAAGAGGAAGCACUCAUAUAACUAUGCACUCCACUAUGAGAAUCAAUGAUAGCUCCCCAAAUUUGCUUUAGCCUAGGCAGGGAUUUUCUCACAUGUAACAGGUGCACCUGUAGGAUUGGGGUAACUUGCCCCUUGUCACUCCCCAUGAACAUUCAGGGCCGUCUUGUUAUUACAUGGUAAUUGGAGCUUUCUGCAAAGUCACACUGUGUGGUCAUUGUCUUCUCUUCUCAUCCCUCUAUAGCACUGUUUAUUGUUAUUUUUAAAAGUGAAUGGUGCAAUUAUUAUUUUUAAUGUGUGAUUGCAAAACAAUGCUUUUCAAUAAUGAUAUCUCUUGAAUGGACAUCACUGUUAAUUCUUUUAA